CCCCCCCCCCCCUUCAAAAACGGGUCGUUGGCUCCCGGUCAAUAUCUCGACGGCUCCGAAGAACCGUGGUCGGAGCCUGUUCAGCGCUCUCCUUAAAGGGUCAAGAGUUGGUACAUAGUAGGUCCCCAUAACAAGAGUAACCGAGCUCAGGGUAGUUUAGACCUUUCACGGAGUUGCCAGUCUCUGGUCAAAGGGCUCCAGGCGGCUGAGCAGCUGGACCAUGACUCGACCUUCUCCAGAGCAUCCACAUCGAAGGCCGCAUACUACGGCGGGUUUGCGUGGCUGGCUCACAGGUUGAGGGGGAGAUGGGAUUGCCCCUGCAGCGAGUCGUUUGAAAGAUGGGGUUCGGACUCUUGAAAUGAACAGACGGCAGCCAUAGCAUGUGCAGAAGGGGUGAGAGUUCCCGCAUGGCGUCGCAGCCGAUAGUGGAAGAGAUGGGGUCUUUCGGGGUGGGCAGGCGGGUGGUGGUCGCUUUCCUUGGUCGGGAGACGGCAAGGCGAGGACGAGGAACCGGGAGCCGGGUACCGACUCGAGAUAGGAAGCUCGGCAAGCCGAUCAACGGAGUCGAGUGCUCGAGUGCCAUCUCGGGGUGGUUGGGGGGGAGAGGGAGGGCUGACCUGCUGUUGUGGCCGGAGCCUAUUCGCCUAGUGAGUUUUUUCCUUCACGGCAGUGCCGGAUGCGUGCGUGCGUGCGUGCAUGCGGACGGACGGCAGGGCAUCGUUUCUUUUUUGCGGGGUAUCCGUAGAUACCCUCACCCAGCAAUAGACGCCGAGAGUCCGUUGUAUCGGAAUGCCUUCGAGCAUUGCUUUUCCCGCUCGAGAGGUUCGAGAUGUAGGGGCGGGGAGAGAGAUUGGCGAUGGUGAGGCUUUGAGAAGACAGACGCAGAGCGAUUUCACGGCCAGGGCAGGGAGGACGUGGCUAAUUAAUUAGUGCGAAGUGCUCCAGGGGGCCUCCAACCUAUCUUUAGUGAGGUAAGUUAGGGGGUACUGUAUGCCUGCCACCUGUCGGACACUGAAGACACGGCUCGCGAUGCCAUGUUCCCGCUCCCUGGUGCUGUGACAGGCAGGCGGUUGUUCUCUGCUGGCGCCUGCCUCCCCGUUCCCCUACCUGAAAAAGAGCGAAGCCACCGGAG